AUGUCCGCUGCAGUGUUGCUAAAAAACAGAUCCCCAUGUAUAACUGCCAUUCAGCUCUUAAACACCAUUAUUUUGUAUCACAAGGGAAUAAUUGUGAGUAUUUCCUAUUUAACUGAGUGUAUUGAAUUCCUUUUGUUAUAUUUCAUUCAGUUGUCUUCAUAAUAUUUACAGAUUGACCUUCAUGGCCACAGACAAUUUAUAUUGAAAUACACAAAAGGUUUAGUACACAUACAAGUUGGUUUAUGUUUGAAGAAAAUUUCAUUCUGACGAAAAAAUUUCCGACUUAUUAUUUGUCUUAAUCUUGGUCAUUCAUACCCUUUUUUUACCUGUUUAUCUUACCUUGCUUUUUACUCUAAGUUGAAAAUUAAAAUGAGUAGUAAAAGACAGUCUCCAUGUGAUAAAUAUUUCAUGAGUUCGUAUCCCCUUUUUGAGGAUAAUUUUGAUGAUAUUGUUUGUCAGGCAAUUUAAUUCAGGUCAUUCUAAGAAUUAAAGAGUUUAGAAUAAUAAUAAUGUAUACCAUGUUAGCAUUAUAUAAUUCUUAUUUAUAAAAUUUCAAACUAAAUUUAAAGAAUUUAGAGAUGGAGGACAGAGGAAGUCUGAAAAAUUAAAUAAAUAACUAGAAAGAUUGCGAUAUUUAUUUUUUACAAAAACUUCCAUAAUUGAAUGACCUGUAAGUAGUUUUUUGGUUGAGUCUGACACAUUCCUUUUUGUCUUCUCUGUUGUUUUUUUUUUUUUGGUUUACAGGGUACUCUUUCUCGUCUUAGGUCCCUGAGACUUGCUGUGUCCCAUCAUUACUACUACAAGAAGAUGGAUGAGUAUGGGAAAGACUUUGCCAUCAACGUAGUUCAGAGAGUGAAAAACGAGUCAGAACGGCUCAAGCAUCAACAUGGUGCAUCAAGUACACAAGGUCCCACUCCCUCGGCUUCUUCAUCUGUUGUUAUAACUCCAGAUAAAGGGAGGAAAAUAGUUUUUGACAAUUUUGAUUGCAAGCAACAUGUGCACAGCAUGACAGAGCACCACCAAAACAUUGACAUACACUGGGUAACACCCAUGGCAGUGGAAAACAGAGUUUCAGGGAACCACUUAUCCAGUGUGAAACCGUCACCUGAAAACCUACUGCAGAUAGAAAAUGGAGAAUUACAUAUCGUUGACUGA